ACAGUUCAAAAGUUUGCCCCUCGUCGCACAAAUGUGACGUUGAAAUUGGAAACAAAAUCGGAAUCAAAACAGUGUUUUCUUCUAGCAUUUCCAAUUAAAAUAAUGGCCACAAAUAGCCCCGUGAGUGCAAUUCUGUUAACAUCCAAUUCCGGGAAGCCCAAAGCGAGUCAGCCGCAGCAACAGACGCACGCAAUUGACAGUGCCAUUCUGGAUGAUCUUGGUAGCCGAUUCAUCAUCAAUGUGCCAAUUGAGGAACGAGAGAAUCUAAUUAGGAUAUGUUUUCAAAUCGAGCUGGCCCAUUGGUUCUAUCUGGACUUUUACUGCUCGGUUCAGAAGCAAAAGUGUGGCAUCAAGCAGUUUGCUUUUCAACUAUUUCAGCACAUACCCUUCCUGCGACCUCAUUUGAUGUCGGUCGAUUCAAUUUUGGAUGAUUGGAAGCAGUAUAAAUUAACUGUGCCAACAUACGGAGCAAUUCUCUUGUCCGAGGAUUUGAAACAUGUCUUGCUAGUCCAGUCGUAUUGGGCUAAAUCAUCGUGGGGUUUUCCGAAAGGAAAAAUUAAUGAAAACGAAGAGCCUCUGAAUUGCGCCAUACGGGAAGUAUAUGAAGAGACUGGAUACGAUAUCAAAAAUUUGAUUGUUCCUACCGAAUACAUUGAGUUGGUUAUCAAUUACCAGUACACACGACUAUAUUUGGUCAGUGGAGUGCCGUUCUCGACAGUGUUCGCGCCUCGUACAAGAAAUGAGAUCAAAUGCUGUGAAUGGUUUCCGAUUGAACUGCUACCGGUGACAAAGAACGACAAUUUUGUCAAGAAUAAUCUCAGUUUGAAUGGGAACUCGUUUUUCAUGAUUUUACCAUUUGUUAAGCGUCUCAAGAAAUGGUUGGAAAAGCUUCAAAAGAACAAACACAAGACUGCAAACAGCAGCCCGCCAGUUUUCGCUUCGGCAGGGAAACAGAGUAGUAAAUAUUUCGAGAACAAAGCAGGAAACUCGGGAAAUCAAACCCAGGCGAACAGCGGUCGAAGACGGCAACGACACAAGUCUAUGGGAGACAUUGAACGGCAGCAACGCUCCAAGUCCAGUGGUUCCCAGCAGGUCAAUAACAGCGUACUGAACCAGCCGAGCUCUACUCAAAAAACACCUAGUACCUGCAAUCCGACGACUGAAUUGUAUAACGAUUUGUUCGGCGGAUCGGUAGAGCUCAGUACUUCUACGUCGGAUAAAAUGCAGGUUCAUCAUGAGACUGGAGCUGCUAAUAACACGAGUGGUGCUGGAUACGGACGGACUAAGAGAAAGUUGUUUGAUGCCGUUACGGACGACGUGCAGCCGGAGGCUGUUGACAAAGACCCGUAUGCGAUGUUCAACGAAAACACCGCUUGGAUGAGCUUUAAACUUGACUACAGUAAAUUUCUGUAAUAUUUUUGUUUUAUUAUACCGACUGGUUACUCUUUCGUAUUGUGUAGUGUCUUUGAAAGGAUAUGCAGUGUUUAUUUUUUUUUCAAUUUAAAACAACUCAUUUAAUUUCAUGAAGCUAAAUUUAUUUAAUUGUCUGAUGA